GUCCCCGGAUUAUGUUUGCUUGGUGACUCUUUGGUCCCACGACUUUUCUUUCCCCACUUAUGUUCAUGCAUGAUGGAUGCGAGCAGGAAACGAUCAUGUUGAGCAGAUGCGACCGUUCUAAUCGUGGAAAAAGGCGUGUAGGUGGCAGACAAGGGAGUGAGAGAAAGCUAGGGACGCUGCGUGGACAGUCCCAUUAUUAUCAUCUUGAGACUUAUCGUCGGCCUCGCACUGCGCACGCGUGAUCCCAGCUGAGCCUGAGCUCCGCCAAGAGCCGCUAAGUUGCGAGGGGACGUCGUUCCGUCUUCUUUUCUUUUGCCUGUGUGAUUUGUACAUUUGUCUCGGUGUAAAGAGAUGACGCUGCUCCUAGUGCCUUGUUGUGGGUAAAGUGCGCUUAGCCCCCCCCCCCAAAAAAAAAAUCCAGCUGACUACAUCUUCAGUUUAUGAAUGGCCCCGACAUGGAGGAAGCGCCGUUUGAGAAAGUCCGAAGCCGGCGGAAGAGGAGUCCGUGUCCGCCGGGCUUCCCGGUGAGCAGCAUCGCCUGCGAGGACGAGUUCGACUGCAAGGAGCUGGAGUCUCUUUUCCAAAACUACAACCUGAAGCUGGAGCAGACGUCCACGCUCAAGGCGCUCGCUGUGCUCAUCGUCAUGUCGUCGGCGCUGGCCGGCGGGGAGCUCCUGGGCGGCCCCGGCCACCUCACCAUCUCCAAGGGCUCGCACCCGGUGCACUGCGUCGUCUUCACGUCGCUCUUCAUCGUCACCAACGUCAAGUACCUGCAGGUGACCCAGUUGCAGCAGAUCGUCAACCUCAGCCUGCUCUUCGGCUUCACCUUCGCCUUCCUCUGCUGUCCCUUCUCGCUGGGCGCCGCGGGCUCCGAGACACACACGUCGCCCGACCAGGGCGUGUGGCAGCUUGUCCUGGUCACUUUCGUCGCCUACGCGCUGCUUCCCGUCCGGACCCUGCUGGCCGUGCUCUUCGGGCUCAUGGUGUCCGUGUCGCACCUCAUUGUGACCGCAACCUCCGUCAGGACGCAGAAACUCUGGAGGACGUUGGUGGCCAACACGGUGCUGUUCACCAGCGUCAACCUGUCGGGCCUAUUUGUGCGCAUCUUGACGGAGCGAGCGCAGAGGAAGGCCUUCUUGCAGGCGCGCGACUGCAUCGAAGAGCGACUUCGCAUGGAGGACGAAAACGAAAAACAGGAGCGCCUCCUCAUGAGUUUGUUGCCCAGGAACGUCGCCAUGGAGAUGAAGGAGGACUUCCUGAAGCCGCCAGAAAGGAUCUUUCACAAGAUCUACAUUCAGCGCCACGACAACGUCAGCAUCCUGUUUGCAGACAUCGUCGGCUUCACCAGCUUGGCCUCCCAGUGCACCGCUCAGGAACUGGUUAAACUCCUGAACGAGCUUUUUGGAAAGUUCGACGAGCUCGCUACGGAGAACCACUGUCGUCGGAUCAAGAUCCUGGGGGAUUGCUAUUAUUGCGUGUCUGGCCUGACGCAGCCCAAGACGGACCACGCCCACUGCUGCGUGGAGAUGGGACUGGACAUGAUUGACACCAUAACGUCAGUGGCAGAGGCCACGGAAGUCAACCUGAACAUGCGUGUGGGCCUGCACACGGGCAGGGUGCUGUGCGGAGUGCUGGGCCUCAGGAAGUGGCAGUACGACGUGUGGUCCAACGACGUCACUCUCGCCAACGUGAUGGAGGCCGGGGGACUGCCCGGGAAGGUCCACAUCACCAGAGCCACACUAGAGUCCCUGAACGGAGACUACGAGGUGGAGCCGGGAAACGGUCACGAGCGCAACGCCUUCCUCCAAAAACACCAGAUUGAAACUUUCUUUAUCGUGCCAUCUCACCGACGCAAGAUAUUCCCAGGAUUGAUUCUGUCGGAUAUCAAACCGGCCAAAAAGAUGAAGUUCAAGACCGUGUGCUACUUGCUGGUGCAGCUCAUGCACUGCAGAAAGAUGUUCAAGGCCGAGAUCCCCUUCUCCAAUGUCAUGAACUGCGAGGACGGCGAUAAGCGGAGGGCCAUGAGGACGGCGCCGCAGAAACUGCGAAACCGGCCCAACGCCAACCAGGCCAACGUGGUCCAGAGCAGCCCCAGAACCCGGGUCAACCGUUACAUCGGGCGGCUGAUCGAGGCCCGGCAGACCGAGUCGGACACGGCCGACCUCAACUUCCUCACGCUUAUGUACAAGUGCUCGCAACGCGAGCAGAGGUACCACCAGGUUCCGGAUGAGUACUUCACCAGCGCCGUGGUUCUGUCGCUGAUCCUCGCUGCCUUGUGUGGCCUUGUCUAUCUUCUCAUCAUACCGCAUGGCAUAGUGGUUCUGGUGCUGCUUGUCCUCUGCGUCUGUUUCCUGGUAGCAUGUAUCAUGUAUCUUCAUAUUACCAGCAUACAGUGUUUUCCAGGGUGCCUGACCAUUCAGAUCCGCACUGCUCUCUGCAUUCUCAUCGUGCUCUUAAUCUAUGCUGUGGCCCAGGCCUGCGUGGUGGGCUGCAUGCCCCGGCUGUGGGGUCCCGCCAACACCAACAGCUCCAUCGUCAUCAUCGACGAGGACGGCGGCGCCAACCGUACCAUGGCCGAGCUGCCGUGCGAGGGCGCCCGCUACGCCUUCCUGUCGUGCGCGUUGGGCACGCUCACGCUGGCGCUCUUCCUGCGUGUCUCCUGGCUGCCUAAGAUGGCGCUGAUGCUCCUGCUGGGGGUGCUCUACGUCACCGUGCUGGAGCUCAGCGGUUUUCGCAAGACCGCCGGUGGGGGGUCCUUCCACAUGCGGGGCUACGAGCCCAUCCUGUCUCUGUUGCUCUUCGUCAGUGCCCUGGCCCUCCACUCCAGGCAGCUUGACCUCAAACUGCGCUUGGACUUCCUUUGGGCAGUGCAGGCAGAGGAGGAAAGGGACGGCAUGGAAAAAGUCAAACUGGACAACAGGCGGAUCCUGUUCAAUCUGUUGCCGGCACACGUUGCGCAACAUUUCCUGCUGUCCAACCCCAGGAACAUGGAUCUUUACUACCAGUCCUACGCACAAGUCGGCGUCCUGUUUGCCUCCAUCCCAAACUUCAACGACUUCUACAUCGAGUUGGACGGCAACAACAUGGGAGUGGAGUGCUUGAGACUGCUCAACGAGAUCAUUGCAGACUUUGAUGAGCUCAUGGACAAAGAGUGCUACAGAGAUAUUGAGAAGAUCAAGACCAUCGGGAGCACGUACAUGGCAGCCGUGGGCCUCGUCCCCACCGUUGGAACCAAGGCUAAAAAGUCUAUUUACGACCACCUGAGCACUCUAGCGGACUACGCCAUUGAGAUGUUUGACGUGUUGGAUGAAAUCAACUAUCAGUCUUACAAUGAGUUUGUCUUGAGAGUGGGGAUCAAUGUUGGUCCAGUGGUGGCAGGGGUCAUCGGGGCACGGCGACCCCAGUAUGACAUUUGGGGGAAUACGGUCAACGUGGCCAGUCGCAUGGACAGCACGGGAGUACCAGGGAAGAUUCAGGUGACGGAGGAGGUCUACCGCCUGCUGAACUCGGACUACGACUUGGUGUGCCGCGGCAAAGUGAGCGUGAAGGGCAAAGGCGAGAUGCUGACGUACUUCCUGGAGGGCAAGGUGCAGGGCGUGGGCACGGCCACCAUCUCGUCGGUGGUGCGCUCGGCCAGCCUGGCGCGCCGCAUCCACUCCUGCGGCAAGACCAGCGUGCCCGCCACCCUGGGCAGCGUCUCCUCGGUCGCCGCCUCCCCCAACAACCGGCCCGCGUGCCUGCCCUCCUCCUGCGUGCCUGCGGUGGGUGAAGUGGAGGAAGAGGAGGGCGAGGAAAUAGAUGUGACACAGAUUGAAAUUGAAGCAGUGGCCACCGUGGCCACCGUGGCUGAUGCUGCGGUGUAGACACAAACACAAGUGUGUGACCUCAGUGAAGGUAAGAAGAAACGAGAGAUGGAGGCCUUGAGGAGACCGGCCUGCAUGUUUCCUGCAGGUGCGACGCUCAUUUAGGAAAUGAGUCCAGACAAUCAUACUCGCUGGAUUUUUUUUUCUUUUUCCUUUUUUUUUUUAGGGGAUUUCAGCUGCUCGCCACUCUUUGGACACACUCAGACAAACCAUCCAUUCUUUGCAGGCCUGGAAGAUCCCGCAGCACGGUGCUUACACGGCAACUCGAUCAGCCGGAAUUACCCUUAAAAAAGAGACAAGUGGACCAGGGGAGCGCAAGCGGAAACAUAUCAGAUGAGCUCUACUCAUGGGAACCAUCUUUUUGGUCGGUAGAGAACGAGCAGCGUCAAAUGAGGACGAAGAAGAGUCGCAAAAGGAAGUCAUUCACGGACGAUCCGUAUCCCCAGUGGCUGGUGAACGUGAUGAUGAACAUAGAGGAAGCGAGAACGCAUCAGCUGGUGAUUGAGUGAACGCCAACCACGUGCAAGUGUUGAUUUUUU